AUGACACGCAGCGGCGCGUCGCCAAUGCAAAGCAAUGGCUACGAUACGCCUGUGUCGGUCGUUGACCCUGAAGAAUCAGACACUCUGGGUCCGUCGCUAGUUUCGCAACGUUUUCAAUUCCGUCCUUACGAAGCAAAUACACUGGCUGCAGGCUCAGAUGAAGAGAUACCGAGCCCGGUUUCACAGCCAUUCCUAUCUUCGUCGUCCUCGUCGCGCUCUCGUGCAGGUCGUUCGUACGAUCGCAUUGAAUGGGCUGGUAUGAUUCCUUUCGCCCUUUUGUAUGUAUUUCACUGGAUCAUGCUGCGUUGGAAGACAAUGGUGGCUGUCACUACAUUCGGUACAAUCUGUGGUCUAAUGCUCUUCAACAUGGACCGCCCAGAAUGGUACGAGAUUGCGUACUACCGUAUCGACCCAAAUGCACGUGUUCCUCUGGAUGCGACGGGCCAACCGAUCUCGGUACGCCCCUCGCAUGCCAUCAUCCCGCCCAACCUGCAGCAGUGCCCUGGUCCGCAUGGUAAAGUGAUCCCUGUGGCACCUCUGAAUGCGCACCCGACACCUCCCUCCCAUCCUAAACCGAUUGUAGGUGACUACAAGUUGGUGGGUCUGGAUGGCAGCCAGUGCAUUACGUACCGGGAACGGUACAGCAUGUACACGGACGAAGCGCUUAACAUUACGUAUCGCCUACCGGAGGAACUGCUGAAUCGGACACAGACCAUUUACGACGAUGAUCCAGAUAAUCCGAAGCCAUUGGGUGAGCUGUCCGACGAUAGCAACGAGGAUGCACGUGUGCAGCUGCAGUACGAUCCUUUGAUGGGUCUGCCCAAGCCCAAAGGCAUGGGUCGCGACGAGUACGAAGAUUUGCUGCGCCAGCGCCUCAUGCAGCAAAACACGCGUGACAAGAAAGAAGUGUUUGUGCCUGAUUGGCGUGCAUUGAUGGACGCAUGCUACCAGCAGCACGUUGCAAGUCAGGAUCGCAAUGCGAGCGACUACGAUGGCCAGCGGUACAUGCUGGAUCCUACAAUCAAGCGCACAGCUCUGGUUAUGCGCUCGUACCAAGGCUACCCAUGGCGUGAGGAUGAUAUCUUGAACCUUCGUGCGCUGAUUAGUGAACUGUCGUUGAACAACCCCAACACGCCCUACGAUAUUCGUAUCCUAGUGGAGGUGAAGGAUCCGAAUCUUAGCGUCUUUACCUCGGAAUGGGAUCGAUACAAGGUGCUGGUGUCGAGUGUCCCUCGUGAAUUUUGGGGUCUCGUGGAGUUUUGGUCGGAGAAGCAGCUAGAAGUGCUUUAUGCAGGGUUGCCCGGCAAGUUUAUCAACAAUAUGAUUGCGCAGACUUCGUACCGUGCCUGCCUUAUGGCGGUCCAAAAGUUCUGGCUCGACCACCAGGAGUACGAUUACGUGUACAACUGGGAGAUGGAUGUGCGGUAUAUCGGCAACUACUUGGACUUUUUCGAGGGUGUGGAAGAAUAUGCACGUCGAGAGCCUCUGCUGGCUGGUAUGGACAAGUACGAAACGUGGUUCAUGCCAGGCGUCAAAUCCUCGGAGGAGAUUUGGCUAAGUGAGACUCGUGAAACGAGCAAGAUUGGCGAGGAGGCCGAUUUGAUUACGCUCGGCCCGAUUUUCGAUCCACGUGGCAGCGGAUGGUACUGGACGCACGAUGUGCAAAACUAUCCCAAGGGCUGGGACACGGACCGACGUGCUUCGAUCGGUACCAAUAUGCGUAUGAGCCGUGGCUUGCUGGAAGCGAUGAACGUCGUGAAUGCCGAGGCAAAAAAGUCUUUGCACUGCGAAGCUUGGCCUACUACCCUCGUCCUUCACUCGCAAAUGGAGCCCAGCGAUGAUCACUCGUUCUACAAGCAGGCUGGGUUUACGUACACACUCCCGAUUCCCUUCAAGGGUGUGUUUGCACCUCACCCGAUCUACUUCCGUCAUGAAUGGGACCUGGAGGAGCUCAACCGCUUGCUUAACCGCCAGGACUUUUAUGAAAAGAAGAAUGAAAACUUGCACAAAGACUCGUCGUUCUACUACCAUUCCCAGCAUGCCAAGGAGCUGUACAUGGGCUGGAAGAAGAAUCCAGACGUGUGCCGUGCUCCAUCCAUGUUACACCCUAUCAAGCGCGUCGAUUAA